AUGGGGUGCAAAUCGAGGAAGAUUACCGAGUCAGAAUGGAUCAGUUUCUGGAAGAUUCGACUUUUCGUCCAGCCAAAAAGGCAUGUUGAGACACAAGGUGGGAAGCUUUGGAGUGAAGUGGAUGGAACCCUUUUCCACAAUGGAGACCAACGACUCUACCUAACCAUGGCACCAGUCUCUCCAUUAUUUCUCUUGGCAGGUUUCAAGGUCAUGGCUUAUGGGCUCCACCCACUGUCUGUUGUAGGCAUAAACAUGAACUCCAGAAGCCCACACAUGGAGGCCCUCUAUGUUUCAAACCCUAAACCCCAAAAGCCCAGCUCCAUUGAAACCCUUUCCUUCAGCUUUCCUCUACCACACCUAUCAACUUGUCAAGACUUGAAAGAGAAAGUUGUGAGGGCACUGCGUGCUCACAGUGUGUUUGACAAAGAAGUUUGCACGUGCGAGGGGAGGCAUGGACGCGUGAACCCUUCACAUCAGUGGAGAAUGAUGGAUGAUCUGAUGGUGUUGACCCCUCAGACUUUGACCACCGCAAGAACGGGAUCAACGGCUAGCAUUCAUUGGGAAAUGGAUAAGGGCCGUCGAUAUGGGAGACAACAUGGAGGUGGGCCUGAUGUUGGGUUGGGCCUGAAAAAGGGCGACACAAAUUGUGGUGAGAUGUGGUAA